AUUUUUGUUGCCAUCAGCAAGUGCUUCCCAAGCGGCAUCAGGCUGGUCUGCCACCUCUUUGCGCUGUUUAAAUUUCUUGGGGACUCCUUGAAGUGUUCCAGUCAUGGCUUCCAAAGUCAUACCUUGGUAUAAGAAGAAGCAUGUGAGCCAAGUCAAAACUGAUUAUGCUUAUCAUCACACUAAACACGUUUCCAAGCAGCACACAGAAAGCAGAUCAAGCUCUAAAUCGGUGAGCCAGGCACAGGCCCAGGCCACGGAGGCUAUGGCAGAACAAGCCUAUACCGUGCCGGUGUUCCGGCAGAGGACUUCUGGGGAGACUGAGGAGUACCAGAGAGUAAGCAAAAAUGUUGGGAAAGGACUGGCUGUUAUUCAGGAGGAGCUUCAUAGGAUGAGGAUCGCUACUAAGGCCCAAGUGGAAAGUCUUGAAAUUCAGAAAGAGGUUAAGGGGAUGAUGAGAAAGAGAGUGUAUCUGUUGGAGGAAAUCCCCAAAUUGCCAGACUUCUUGGUGGCCUUACGGCCGCAUACUGUGUGGGAGAAGACUCCCGUCAAGCUGUUCUGCACCGUCGAAGGAAAUCCAAGGCCCAUCGUCAAAUGGUAUAAAGAUGGAGUGCCAGUAGAUCCACUGAGUGCCCCGGGAAAGUACAAGAUUGAGAAUAAAUAUGGAGUCCAUAGUUUGAUUGUUAGCAGGUGUGUUGUGAGUGAUACUGCUGAGUACAGUGCUGUGGCAACCAACCAGCAUGGCACAGCUACCAGCAAAGCUAAAAUUAUUGUGAAGAGACCAGCUGGAGCCGGAGAGUCCUGCCACCUUGGUUUAGGUGAGAGCAUAAAGGGAGUUAGUAAGACUGGGGAGUCACGCCCAGACACAAGCNNNCUUGACCGGUUCCCAGUGUCUUUUGGUGUGGAGGGCAACUCCAUCAGACUGGUGUGUACAAUGGUGGUGGUCCCCGAUCUCCCCAACAUACCACCCAUCGCCCAGUGGUACAGAGAUGAUAAACUGCUGAAACCAAGUAAACUGGUGGAGAUGUCAGUGGGUGGAGGUGCUGCCUCUCUCACGCUGCCUCACCUGGCCAAGGAUGAUGAGGGCCUCUACACGCUUCGGAUCUUCACAAAGGACGGCACUGCUGAGCAUAGCGCCUACCUGUUUGUCUCAGAUGCUGCUCCCUCUGCACCCGGAGCCCCCGGCGCACCAAUGAGUGUAAAGGCCUAUGACAUCAAUUCGGACUAUGUCCUAGUUGCCUGGAAACCCCCAAACACUGUCAACGAGAAACCCAUCACUGGAUACUUUGUGGAUCGGUGUGAAGCUGGCACUGACACUUGGGUGCAGUGCAACGACGCCCCAGUGAAGAUCUGCAAAUACCCAGUACAUGGCUUAAGGGUUGGCCACUCCUACUACUUCCGGGUCAGAGCCGUGAACAGCAGUGGCAUCAGCAGGUCCUCACGCAAGUCAGACAAAGUGACGGCCCUGGACGCUGCAGAGAGUGAGAGACUGCAAGUGAUUAAAAUUGAAGGGAAAUACGACAUAGUGAUAAAGGAUGAUGACCUGGAAGGCUACGUAACUAUUCCAGGUGAACCCACAGAUGUGCAUGCAUCCGAAAUUUUCAAAUCGUAUGUCGUGCUGAGCUGGAAGCCUCCUAGCCCCCGUGGACGAGCUCCACUGUGGUACGUCAUCGAGAAGUGCUUAGCAGGCACUGGAGACUGGCAGCGGAUCAACACAACAGUCAAACUGCACUCCCCUCGUUACCCAGUUUUUGAUUUGCAAGACGGGAAAAAGUACCAGUUCCGAGUGUAUUCGGUCAACAUGUAUGGCUCCAGCGAGGCCUCUGCGCCCUCUGAGCCCAUCCAAAAGGUUGAUGAAGAUGGUACUGAACUUCCAAUUGGCGUCCCCUCUGCUCCAGGCCUUGUUGUUGCUACUAGGAACACCAAGUCAUCUGUGUUUGUGCAGUGGGAGGCCCCCAAACACCUGAAACACCUCAUGGGAUAUUACAUCGACGGGCGUGUCGUUGGAGCCAAGGAGUGGUUCGCAUGCAACCAUAAACCCUUCAAACAUACCAGGUUUGUGGUGCACGGCCUGAUCCCGGGGGAGACCUAUGUGUUCCGCGUCCAAGCCGUCAACCUCUUCGGCCUCAGCGAGGAGUCACAGGAGUCCUCUCCCAUUGCCGUGGAGCCUGCGCUCGGCAAGGGGGCUGAGUAUGCAACUCCCAGCUCUCCCUUUGGGAUCACCAUGCUGAGUUCUGAUGGUUCCUCCAUAACUGUGGCCUGGAAGAGUCCCAAACACUGUGGUGGCUCCAAGGUUAACGCUUACUACAUUGACAAGCGGGACGCUGACACUUUAGUCUGGAAGGAGGUCAACCUAAAUGCUGUCACAGAAAGAAUGUGCACUGUGGAACAUCUGAAGGAGGGAACUUUUUACGAGUUCAGGGUCACAGCUGGUAACAUGGCUGGUGUUGGUCUACCAUCUGCUGCCAGCAUUCCAAUGAAAUGUGAAGCUUGGACCAUGGAAGAGCCAGGCCCAGCCUAUGACUUGAGCUUCAGUGAGGUCAGAAGCCACUCUCUGGUCAUCCUGUGGAGGGCUCCCAUUUAUACUGGAGCGGGUGCUGUCACUGGAUACUUUGUGGACAUGGCUAAGAAGGGCUCGUCAGAGUUCGUCACUGUGAAUCAGGAAGCUGUGAGCCACCGUUACCUGCAGGUGACCGGACUGGUGGAAGGUGAAAGCUAUGUGUUCAGAGUCCGUGCUGUCAAUGCACACGGUGUUGGAAAACCUUCCCAGUUGUCAGAGCCCGUCUGUGCUAAAGCUAUUCCAGGCACAAAGGAGAUUGUGGCUGGUGUGGAUGAGGAGACUGGAGAUGUCUUCCUGUCUCUUGAGGCCUGUGAGGUCUGCGAGACGUCCAAGUUUGUGUGGUCGAAGAACUACAAACCCAUCGGUGACUGUCCCAGAGUGGCUGUCACAGCUAAAGGCAGAACGUCCAGACUUACUUUCACUAACCCUGAUAAAGAUGAUUUGGGCAAAUACUCUGUCGUCGUCACUGACACAGAUGGAGUCUCUGCCAGCCAUACUCUCACUGAGGAUGCCCUGAACACUAUGUUGGAGCUCAGCUAUGCCAUCAGACAUCCGAUUGUUCCUCUGAAACAUGGUCUGAACUAUGAGGUUCUGGAGAAAGGACACGUGCGAUUCUGGUUGCAGGCAGUCAAACUUUCACCAUCUGUGUCGUACAGAUUCAUUGUCAACGACAAAGAAGUCACGAGUGGGGAGGGACAGAAGAUCAGUCACGAUGUGGCCACUGGAAUCAUCCAGAUGACAGUGGAUCUUUUCACCAGAGCCAAUGAGGGCACAUAUACUGUUCAGAUCCAUGAUGGCAAGGCCAAAACCCAGAGCUCCCUGGUCCUGGUCGGAGAUGUGUUCAAGGCUGCUCUGAAGGAGGCUGAGUUUCAGAGGAAAGAGCACAUUAGGAAGCAAGGCGCACAUUUCUCUGAGUAUCUAUAUUUUACUGUCACCGAGGAUUGCACUGUUAUGCUCGUCUGCAAGGUGGCUAAUGUGAAGAAGGAGUCAACUUUACACUGGUACACAGACGAUGAGGAGAUUGUUCCAGAUACUCCCCCCAAUGUCAUGUCUGGAUCCUGUGCUCUUCCCCUCCCAAUGUUCUCCAGAAAAGAUCAAGGUGUUUACAAGGCAGUAGUCGGUGACGACAGAGGAAAGGACACAUCUGUGUUUGACAUUUCAGGCAAAGUGUUUGAUGACAUCAUCAAUGCCAUCGCCCAGAUUGCUGGUGCAUCUGCUUCUGAGCUGGUGCUGCAGUGUACUCCAGAGGGCAUCAGACUGCAGUGCUACAUGAACUACUAUACAGAGGAGAUGAAAACCGUCUGGAAGCACAAGGAGAGUAAGAUUGCCUCCUCUGAGAAGAUGAGGAUUGGCGGUACAGCUGAGAUGGCCUGGAUGCAGAUCUGUGAUCCGUCCGAUAAGGAGAAGGGUCAUUACUCCAUGGAGAUCUCAGAUGGCGUCAAGACCCACACCCGGACUUUUGACCUCUCUGGACAAGCAUAUACAGAUGCCUAUGAGGAGUACCUAAGACUUAAAGCGGCUGCAUUCGCUGAGAAGAACCGUGGUAGAGUGGUUGGUGGUCUACCUGAUGUGGUCACCAUUAUGGAGGAGAAGUCCCUGAGCCUCACCUGCACCGUGUGGGGCGAGCCUACUCCUGAGGUCACCUGGUUCAAGAACGAGCAGGAAGUCGCUUCCACUGAGCACACCAGGGUCACGUUUGACGGUGGCAAGUUUGCCAGCCUCGUCAUUAACAAAGUCACCCCCGAAGACUCCGGAAAGUACAGCAUCAACGUACGGAACAAGUACGGUGGUGAGUUCGUGGAAAUCACUGUCAGCGUCUACAGGCACGGAGAGAAGAUCCCCGAGCCCAAACUGGGGCAGCCCAAAGCAGCCGCCACCACGCCUGCGCAGCCAAAGUCCCCAGCUCCCCCUUCCAAGACCCCAACCCCCACCCCUUCUAAAACCCAGACCCCAGCGCCAUCCAUGAAGAGCCCAACUCCAGCCUCCACCCCAAUCCCCAAGUCUCCAACCCCUACCCCGAAGUCUCCUACUCCACCACGGAGCGUUAAGUCUCCAACCCCACCCAGAUUCAUGAAGUCUCCAACUCCACCCAGGAAGUAGAAUGCGGUGGUGACGCCUGAGGGGGUUAAUGUUCGCUGUUAGCAACACUGAUUUAUAAGCAUGAGUGUGAAACAAUGAGCUCUUACUUUAAAGUUUAUUUAGAUUUAGAUAACGUCAAAGUCCCACUUGGAAAACUGCUGCUUACUCUGGACUACACCUCACAGUCAUGUUGGGCCAUCAUAUGUCUUUAAAGUGGUUCAUUUUAACACAAGAAAAACACCGAGAAACAUAAAAUGUCCGUGUAUAUUCAUUACAACGUUUUAAAAGCUGCACCUUCCACUAUGCAAUGUCAGUGAAAUGCCUGCAACAAAUUGUGGAUGUCAAAGGAUAUUUAUGCUCUAUUACAACUUGGGUAUCAGUGACACAAAAAAGCAAGUCAGUGAGCCUUCUUACAAAGAGAUGAGCAGAGUUUUAGAGGACAAAAUUAAAGAAAAUAGUAAAUAUUUUAGGUUUAAGCUCCAGUUUCAGUGCUUUAAUCUUAAUCUUCUCUGUUACUGAGUUUCCCUACAUUUAGCACUUAUGUCAAAGAGUGUGAUAUUACACAAAACAACGCAAAUAACAUCAAAAACUACAAAAAUAAGAUCCAAGUUGUAAUACACCAGUAUCAAAGUGGAUGAGCUGGGAGUCAGCAGGUACAGACGUGGGUGAAAAUGUGCAAAUACCAGGUUACUGUGUUUGUGCUCCAGCCAUUCUUCUCCCAGGGUUAGUUUGUCUGUGAACACAAACAUUCACCUUGUCUCUGUACCUGAGAGGCUCUUCUGUCUGUGACACAUCAUGUCUUCCUCCCCAGUGCUUUGUGAUGGCAAUAAACUUUACUUCUCAACCUA